AUGUCAAGAGAAAGCAGCUCUAUUGCAAAGGCUGAUCAUGAAAUUUCAGAAAACUCUAUUGAUCAGGCAGUAAAAGAUGAGUCGUACAAGCCAGAAGUAGUGGAUUCGCAACCACAGCCCAACAUUGCUGAUGUAGCACCUCCACUUGCAGAAGCCUUUGCCAUUUCAACCCAUUUUAAACACGCAACAACUCUCCGGACCGGAAAUCCAAUUUCCUAUGCAUACAAUAAUUAUGAUCAUUACCAUCAUAAAAUUCAUAAAUUCAUAAAGAGAACCUUUCACAGGCUCUAUUACCCAAACGAAGAGGCUACUCCGGGAGGAGUAACUAGCCCUACAAAGUCUAUUGGGUCUACUUCAAUGUUGCCCAAAGAACAAAGUUCAUCAAAUUCCUCUUCCUAUAUAUUUGAAAGAAGUUUAGAAAGUAAUGCCUCGCGUACGAUUUUAAACAACCCAGAGACACCAUCUCACUAUCUCCUUGAGAACUAUACUAAUCCUAUUCUCGACACCACGACAGAAAUAAUUAGUAACCCUAAUCUUGAUUUUUAUAACGAUGUUAAAUUGAAUUGUUAUUGUGAAGAUGAUUGUGCUGAAGAUCAUGUUGGGGAGCCAAGACCUCGUUCCAGAUCUAUCAUCAGCAGUUCUCUAAUUAGUUCUUUUGACCAUCACAAUAAUAGUAGUAAAUCGAAAAUUCUCUCUGAUGAGGAUGGAGAGGUUCAAGAAGAGGAAGAAGGUGAGGAAGAUGAAGAAGAUGAAGAAUAUAACGAUGAUGACUCCAAAAGCCGUCAUUCUCAUCACCAAAGCAAGUCUAAGCGUUCUAGUUUCUCUGCACCUUCCAUUGCAUCUUCUAGAACUGCGAGUGGGGCAGUCUCGCCAUUAACCAAACGCCUGAUAAGCUUCGUAAAGACAUCGCUACCAGCUCCUAUGACCCCAGCAGGUAAUCCAAAUGCAAGUAGAACGGGAAGCAAUGGCCAGACCAUUGAUUUCUACUCAUUUGCAGAUAUGAUAAAUAACGAGGAUUUCGAAGAAGGAGAAAUUGCAGCCAACAAGGUCUCCGAGACCAAUCUGCAAUUUAGAAAGGGUAGUUUCACGACUAUGAGCGUGAAGGAUUACAUUGGGGUAUUAUAA